AUGAAAAAUUAUUUUCGUUUUCGUUCAGAAUCUCAAGCUAAUAUUUGCUAUCCAUGUGAUAAAGAUAUAGUAUUUAAAAAUGAAAAAACAAAAAAUUAUUUAUUAUUAUUAAGACACAAAAGAUUCUAUAAUAUUGAUCAAGUUCCAGCACAUUUACAAACAAACUCCUAUAUUCUCAAAGGCUACCGGCGCGAUUUAUCAUGGUAUGAGUGUGUCGUGAGCUUUUUUCUAUUUCACAAUGAAACAUUAAAUGUAUGGACACAUUUUUUUGGAUUUGGAUUAUUCACAUUCUAUCUUAUUCGAGAUUUUAUCUGGUCAGAACACAAUAAUAAAUUAUUUUCAACUGCAAAUAUGGAUGAUUAUUUAAUGCUACUUUUGUAUUUGUUAUCCGUCAUAUUUUGCAUGCUUUCAUCGACAAUGUUACACUUGCUUAGUGGUUGUUCAGCAAAAAUUUAUAGCUCGUGUCUACAAUUAGAUCUUCUGGGUAUUGCCAUCGCUACAUUAGCCUCGAUUUGCAUUGAACUUCAUCUAUUAUUCAAAUGUGAUCUAUAUACAAAAUAUUUCUAUCAAACAUCAGCUGUUCUUCUUAUUGCGACCAUUGUAUUUGAUCAUGUUUUGAAACCUGAUAAUACAAUUAACAGUACGGGCUUCAUCGCUGUUGCUCUGGCCGGUUUCAUCCCUGUAUUACAUUGGAUUUAUGUGAAUGGUUACAACUCAAAUGUUCAAUAUUUUCUGUUACAUAUUAUGCUGUUCUAUGCUAUAUUUGGCGUUGGAAUCUUUUUUUUUCGAACUAAAAUUCCAGAACGAUUUGCUCCCGGAUGUUUUGAUUAUAUGGGAGCAAGCCAUCAACUAUGGCACAUAUUUAGUACAGUUGCAUUUUAUUGGUGGUACCAGCAUACCGUGGAAUUUAUCAAAUAUCAUCAAACACAUGCAUGUACUACAGUUGUACAUAUGUAG